UCCUGCGCUUGCGUUAACCGUUGUUGUUGGUAUAACUAAUAUGUCAUUCAGAGUUCUUUUUGUGCUCAGUUUUCUAGCCGUGUCCAAAUUUUCUUCGUCAUCUGUUUCCAUAGAUGCAGGUAGCACCUAUCCCAAAAACUGCCAAGAGGUCCAACUCCUGGGCCACCAUGUUUCCGACGUCUACGUAAUUCAACCCGAACACGCGCCUGAACCCUUCAAGGUUUUAUGCAACAUGGACACCACAGGAGGGGGCUGGACCUACAUAAUGAACCGAUUCAACGGAUCUCAAAACUUUGACCUCUACUGGGACGACUACAAGAACGGAUUCGGCGAUCUUAGAGGAGAGUUCUGGUUAGGCUUAGAAAAUAUUUACCAUUUAACGGGUCACGAAAUUAACGAGCUCCUGGUUGAACUCGCCGACUGGGACGGCGUCCAAGGGUUCGCCCGUUACAACACCUUCAGCAUCGGCGACGAAGACAGCGGUUAUGCUUUAGAGCUGCUAGCGGGCUAUAGUGGUAAUGCUGGAGACGGCAUGGGCGAUGAAGUAGGCAUGAAAUUCAGCACUAGGGAAAGAGAACCUUGCGCCAGCGAGUCCUUGCCGGCGUGGUGGUUGCGGGAAUGCACUGCGGCACACAUUACCGGGAAGUUCGGCCACAGGAUUGAAGUAAAUCCUGAGAAUUGCCCGUUUACGGCAUUUGAAAUGUGCCGGAUAAGGAGUACUUUGAAAGAGGCGAGGAUGAUGGUCAGACCGCGACAACCGAGGUUGUCGUUAACUUCCAAAUGUUUGAAAGAAGAGUUUGAGAAUUUGAUUUUAAAAAGAUGUUUUGUAUCAGUUACUAUUUAGAUUUUAAGUCUGCGUCUUGGUGUAUCAAUUGUCAAUAAAUUGAUGACCAGUUGUGAAA